UCUCCAGUGGGGACUCCAGGUGCCACGCCGAGGGCCACUCCGCGAGGCACUCCAAUGCAAACUCCAAGAGAUACACCCAUGCAGACUCCGGUGGGCACGCCGAUGUGCAGUCGAAGAGGGACACCAGUAUCCACGCCGAGAGGUACCCCUGCCGGCACUCCCGUCUGCAGUCCACCAGGAAGCCCGUGUGUUCCGCCGCCACAAAUCCACGUGCCCAUGCCCAAGAGCAUAUUGAAGUCCAGUCCCAGAAUCACGACACCUCACAGCCGACAAGGUAGCGUGAACGGAAACCCAAGCCCUACCUUCAAUGGCUUCCCACGGGGCACGCCGGCUCACAGCAGACAGGGCAGCAUGAAUUAUGAUCCAAUGCCUAGCCCGAAUGGCUUGCCAAGAGGUACACCAGUGCACAGCAGACAGAGCAGCUACCCAACAAGCGUCCCAUCGCGCAGCCCAAGUGGUUCCCCCCAGCACCUCCAAGUCCCCACGCCUCGAGGUACUCCUCGCGGCGCACCCGUCCACAGCAGACAAAGCAGUCAAAACGACUACUUCAACAUCAGCCUGCCCGUAAACUCGACCGUACCUCCGGGAAACCUUCAGGUACCCGCAGCAAAGUCACCUCCGAGAACCACUCCCACCAUUUCAAGGCCCACCACUCCCAAAGCCACUCCCCGAGCUACUCCAUCC